AAUUGUAUGUCCUUUAAUGCUAUUACAGUUUUUCCCAAUUGUUUACACACUAAAAUUGGAACUUGAAACGCAAUCACCGAAACCUGAAACUCAUGUACCAAAUCCCUAAACCAAGUCUGCAAAAUUGCAAGCACAAUUCCUGCUUUACACUCAGUUUCCAAUUCUAUAUCACACUUUUUGCAAAACACUACACACAGUUCUCUACAUUAGGCACAACAUUCAAAAUUAAAGUCUCUGUAGUCCCUUUGGAAAACAACGCCAAUCACAAUGCCAAGCUCUAUACACCAAUUGGCAACACCCACUCCUCACAGGUGUAAACACUAGUUGCUGAAUUGUUCACUUAGAAAUCAGAGCUUUAGCACUAGAAAAGGCCACAGAUGAGCUCUCCUGUUUUGGAGGAAAAUGGAAGUCAAUGGUGAAGCAAGAGCUAGAGGUCAAGGAGUGAGAGUAAGAGGAGGAAGAGGAGGACGAGGACGAGGAAGGACAGUUGUCUCAGAUGAGAUGAGGGCCACAUUGGUUGACCAUGUGCUCAACCAUGGAUUGAGUAUGAGGGAGGCUGGGCAGAGAGUUCAGCCCAACCUGAGCCGCUACAUGGUUGCAUCUAUCAUCCGUACAUUCAGAAAUGAGAACCGGUAAGUUACCUACCAUCUACACUAUGCUCUUUAUGUAUGUAUACUGUAGUAUACUGCAGUCCGACAUAUCAGUAGGCCUAUGUUACUCAGUGAUUGUUGGUCAAUGUUACAGUAAUGUCAUUUCAUAUUGAAAGAAAAUAGAUUAUUUUAGCUUACUGUAACCAAUCAUAUCAUAUUUGUGGAUCUUCUGCAGAACUGAAAGACGGCCAGGCCAUGGUGGAAGACACCGGCUGUUCAUACCAGAACAGGAGACCGCUAUUGUGAACAUGGUGGUGGCAAACAACACCAUUAGACUACGAGAAAUCCAGAACCACAUAAUUGCAGACAAGACAAUAUUCAAUAACAUUCACCAGGUGGGCUUGUCUACAUUGGACCGUGUAUUACAGCGCAACCGAAUCCAGAUGAAACAGGUCUACAGGAUGCCAUUUGAGCGAAACUCAGAGAGGGUUAAAGAACAGCGCUAUGAAUAUGUGCAAAGAGUCUUGGAGCUGGAUGCCGCUGCAAUUCAGCACGUUUAUAUUUACAUUGAUGAGGCUGGCUUCAACCUAGCCAAAAGAAGGGGACGGGGACGGAACAUUAUUGGCCACCGUGCCAUUGUGAAUGUCCCUGGACAGCGUGGAGGGAAUAUCACCAUGUGCACAGCCGUUAGCCAGCAAGGCGUCCUCCAUCACCAUGCCAACCUUGGUCCCUACAACACUGCCCUUCUCAUCACAUUCCUGGACACACUACAUGGCAUCCUCAUUCCAGCCGAGCAGAAGGGUGGACCAGAGCAGCCCAGGUAUGUUGUCAUCUGCGACAACGUGAGUUUCCACCGGGCUGCUCUGGUCCGCAACUGGUUCAUUGACCACCCACAAUUUAUUGUUCUAUACCUCCCACCAUAUUUCCCAUUCCUAAACCCAAUUGAAGAGUUUUUUUCGGCAUGGCGAUGGAAGGUGUAUGACCACCAUCCCCUCCCAUGCAUGCCUCUUCUCCAGGCAAUGGAGGAUGCAUGUGGUGAAGUUGAUGUGGGGGCUUUCGGCGGCUGGAUCCGCCACUCCAGAAGAUUCUUUCCCCGCUGUUUAGCCAGGGACAACAUCGCUUGUGAUGUAGAUGGGGUGCUGUGGCCAGACCAAAAUAGGAGGCGGGAUGCAGCCUAAUUUCUUUUGUCUUACAUUUUGCAUGUGUUUUUGUCUUUUUGUGUUUAGAGUUUUGAAAG